AUGGGUUCAGGAACAGCUGAUAUCAUACUAGAAUUGAACAAUACAAAUGAUUACAAGUAUAAACCUUUAGACGUCAUUCGAGGUAGAGUUUCCUUGAAAGUUCACAAAGAAAUCAGAGUCAAGGAUAUCACAGUUAAAUUUGCUGGUAUUUCUAAGUCAAAAGUUCAAGUAAAUGAGAAAAGAGCUACAAAUGGUAAUACUAAAAAUAGAAAAGUCACCAAGUCAGAAUCUCAUACAGUUGCUUAUGAUGAAUGUACCAUUUUCCCACCUCCAAAUGUUCGAAAGGUUAGUAAUAAUAAAGAGUUUACUUUAACACCAGGUGAAUAUGUUUAUGAUUUUGCUUUUAAAAUUCCUUUGGUAAACAUCUGUGCAUAUACAGCUGGCACAGGGGAACGUGGUAUUGGUCACAGUAACACAAUUUUACCCCCUUCAACGUUCAUUGAAGGUAUUGCUGAUAUCGAUUAUGAAGUCCGAGUUACAGUUAGAAGAGCUUCAUGGCUCAAGUUAAAUCUUCAAGAAUACCAAAGAACAUGGGUAACCAAUUUUGAUCCAAUUAUUGAAGAAAUAAUUCCAGAUAAACGCCCAUUUGUCUUGAAGAAUUCCAUUGUGUUUUCAGAUAAAAUACACAAGAGAAUUGCAUUGACUGAGAAACCAACAGGUCCAAAAUCUUAUGAAAUACCAGUUAAAGAAUCACCUCAUAAAACUUCUUCCAGUUUUAUUAAAUCAUUGAUUGGAAUCAAACAAUCAAAACCAAGAUUUGCUCAAGAGUAUGAUGUACCUUUUGUUCUUGAAGUCAGAUUUUCAAGUCCAAUCCUGAAAAUCCCUGAACCACCAGAUUUAAGAGUUUUUCUUACAUCUAGAUAUGGGCCUGAGAGAUAUAGAGGAAUUGAUAAUGAAACAUCCGGACUGGGUCAGUUCAUACUAAAUGAUUUUGUAAUAUAUUUGAUUGGUACUUAUAGUGUCACUGCUGAAGGCUGGACAACGCAGGAGGAGAGAGAAUAUAAAUUAAUUCACCUGAGAGAUGUUUCAAUCAAGUUAGAUUUGGCAAAUUUGGAACCAAUACCAUUUUAUGAAACCAGAGUAGAUUUGAAUCCAUUUCAACUAGAAGUUCCAAUAUCCCUUUCCUAUAUGGGACUUGUGCCUACUUUUAAUCCAACAUUUGAAACAUGUAAUAUCAAAUUAGACUAUAAGUUAAACAUACGGGCUAAAUUUAAGGAAGAAAAAAAAAGUUGGCUAAGUAAGGAAGUUGAAUUUUUGACACCAGUGACUGUCAUAACAGGUGUUCCAGCUCCACAAGAAUAUAUUCAAAUCAAACAGAUAUCUCCCCGAUUAGCGAAAAAGGUGUUAAAAACUUAUCCACCAGAGGCUUUUAGACAACCAGAUGAUUUCACUCCAUUAUAUGAUGGUACUACAGCUGCUCCUGUUAGUUUGAAUGUUGAAGAGACUGAAACACUUCAACAGGACGAAAAGCAAAAACUCACUCAUGAUAAUUAUUCUAAAGCUCAACAACCUGAAGAAAGCCUACCAAAUUAUGGAUCAGCUACCAAAGAGAAGCACUAA